AUCAUUAUUAUUGAUUACGUCUGACGUAUUGGAAAAUUUGGCACCGAUUUUUUUGCAAUCAUCGUGGAAGUUGACACGCUUGGUUUGCUUUCGCCGACCACAUAAAAUGACUUGGCGGCCCAGAUCAGGCCCCCCGGGUCUUGGCUUCGACACCUGUGACGCAAGGGUUAAAUGUGCGAAACAAUUGCGCAGGCUCUCGGUUGACCAAGUGGAGCCACGACACACAAUGGAGACAUCACCCGGGCCCGCCUGCAGCCAAACGUUACGCAAUCAGCGCCGCACACUGGGACAGCACAGACCUCCAGUGUGCUGCAGAAUUGGAUGAACUGGGAGCGAGAGGGGCUGCACUGGGGUCCGGGCAUUUGCUUCCAAUAUUUGGUGCCAUUGGGGGAAAAACUCAUUUCACGCUGCCCGCCGCCUGAUGCAUGUUGCAUAAGUCAAACUUGAACCUUUCCUUUUGUGCAACGUCAUGACAGGCGACACGACUCAGCAGAUGAAGAUGGAGGCGGCCAACGGAGACGGCACAGCCCUGAACAUUGCACUCAGUCCAGAGGAGGAGAUGACAGAAAGGGGAGAAUGGGCCAGCAAAAUGGAGUUUAUUCUAUCCGUGGCCGGAGAAAUUAUCGGCCUUGGGAACGUGUGGCGUUUCCCCUAUCUUUGUUACAAGAACGGCGGAGGUGCUUUCUUCAUCCCGUAUCUCAUUUUCCUGUUUACUUGCGGCAUCCCCGUUUUCUUCCUGGAGACGGCGCUGGGACAAUACACCAGCGAAGGCGGCAUCACCUCCUGGAGGAAGAUUUGCCCUUUGUUUGAAGGAGUGGGUUAUGCCACGCAAGUGAUCGUGGCCCUGCUGAACAUCUACUACGUCAUCGUGUUAGCCUGGGCCAUCUUCUAUCUGUCCAACUCUUUCAGCUGGGACCUGCCGUGGGCCUCGUGCAACAACACCUGGAACACGGGUUCCUGUGUGACGUUUCAGACGAGGAACAGCUCCGUCGGCGCCCUCGGGAAUGCGACCUCUGCGGUCAUUGAGUUCUGGGAACGCAGGGUGCUGAGAAUUUCCUCGGGUAUCGAUCACAUUGGCUCCUUGAAUUGGGAUUUGGUGAUCUGUCUGGCCAUUGCCUGGAUCAUUUGCUACUUCUGCAUCUGGAAGGGAGUCAAGUCCACUGGCAAGGUGGUUUACUUUACAGCCACGUUCCCAUAUGUGAUGUUGGUGAUCCUGUUGAUCCGAGGAGUCACCCUGCCGGGAGCGUCGCGGGGGAUUCACUUCUACCUCUACCCAGAUUUGGGGCGGCUUUCUGACCCACAGGUGUGGAUGGACGCCGGCACUCAGAUCUUUUUCUCCUAUGCCAUCUGCCUCGGUUGCCUCACCGCACUGGGAAGUUAUAACAAGUACAGCAACGACUGCUACAGGGAUUGUUUGUCUCUGUGCUUCCUGAACAGCGGCACUAGUUUUGUCGCAGGCUUCGCCAUUUUCUCCAUUUUGGGCUUCAUGUCGUACGAACAGGAUGUUCCCAUCUCAGAGGUGGCCGAGUCUGGUCCAGGCUUGGCCUUCAUCGCUUAUCCACGUGCUGUGUCCAUGAUGCCUUUCUCGCCUCUGUGGGCCUGUUGCUUCUUCAUCAUGAUUGUCUUUUUGGGACUGGAUAGUCAAUUUGUGUGCGUGGAGAGCCUGGUGACGGCCGUGGUCGACAUGUACCCAUCCACCUUCCGGCGCAAACACCGCAGGGAGCUCUUCAUCCUCGCCGUUGCCGUGCUCUCCUUCCUCAUGGGCCUCAUCAUGCUCACUGAGGGAGGAAUGUACAUCUUCCAGCUUUUUGACUACUACGCAGCCAGCGGGAUGUGUCUGCUCUUUGUGGCCAUUUUCGAGACGGUUUGCAUCGCGUGGGUUUACGGCGCAGACAAUUUCUAUGACAACAUCGAAGACAUGAUUGGUUAUCGUCCGAGCGCUGUCAUUAAGUACUGCUGGCUGUUCUUCACCCCUGCAACCUGCUUUGGAACAUUCGCCUUUGCCUUGAUCAAAUACUCCCCAUUAAAAUACAACAAUGAUUACGUGUACCCGUGGUGGGGCUACGGAAUUGGCUGGGUCCUCGCCCUAUCAUCCAUGCUGUGCAUUCCUCUUUGGGUGGCAGUUCAACUCCAUUCCACCUCUGGGUCACUACGACAGCGCCUCACUCGACUGAUCACCCCUUGCGACAAUUUACCCAAGUGCAAACGGCAGCGGGAGAACUUGUUUUCUGACGGCCUCCAUCGGAAGGCGCCUCCGAGCAAAGACAGCUACUCGCCCGUCCACCAAGUGGAGUCCAAUUGCUAGAGACUGCUGGGUCAAAGUUCAGUCUGACACCCGCCCAAACACGUAAUGACAUACCUCAUCAGGGCAACGGACUCUUGGGACUUAGCUGAUUGACUGUCUUGAUACUGCUGAUUUGGUGCUCAUGCAUAAUUUGCAUGGUUUCAAAAUUUGGAUAAACUGUCAGCAUCUCAUUGGCAAUUGCAGAGUCACAUCUGGCUAUUAUUGUGACAAAAAAAAAAACAACCGUCGUUGUCCUCUUAUAGUCAGAUUAUUUUUCUUUUUUUUACAUAAUAAAAGUGUACACUUGUAUAUGUAUAAUGUUUUAAAGUUAGUUUAGUUUUUAAAACAUUUCAUGUGUUGCGUAUAUCUGUAUUGUACUGCUUCUGUGUGGCCAAGAAUAGGAGCAGCACAAUGUCAAUGGGCAUUGAAGCAUAAAAUCACGAUGUAUAAAAUGUUUAAUUCAUUACA